CAUAUAAGACUCAAAGUCUGAUUUGUCCUACAAACGGUUACCUAAUUUAAACUUCAAUCUAAUCAUCUAGCAAACGUCAAUUUCUGUUAUCGUGACUCAAUAAUAUCCAUUACAUUAUGUGUUAAUAUUUUACAAUAUAUACUAGGUAUAAACACUCAUUUUAAUACAAAUCAUCUAUAAAGUCUUAUUGGGUCAUUUAUAUUUAAUUCAUUUAUUUCAAUAUGAUUUUAGCCAAUCAAGUAAGUAAAACUAUUACUUAUUUAAUGUAAUUUAAUAUUAGAAACAAAUUAAUAUUCAAUUUACAAUUAUUUUAGGUAUUGCGUAAUAUAUACCGCACAUCUAGAUGUAUUAUUGUAAAUAAGAAGACAUAUAGUCAAUUACCACAAGAAACACCAUUUUGUCUUGGUUGGUUGCAAUAUCUUAUACCAAGAUAUUAAAUAUUUUUAUUAAAAUUAUUCUAUAUAUUUUGUUUAGAACUAUCUGAUACACAAAAAGAAUUUCGCGACCUGGCAAGAAAAUUCGCUCGAGAAGAAAUUAUUCCAGUUGCUGCUGAGUAUGACAAAACUGGGGAGUAUCCAUGGGACAUUAUUAAAAAAGCACAUUCAAUUGGACUUCUCAAUGGCCAUAUUCCUGAACAUUGUGGUAGUUUGUGUAAUUAAAUAUGUACAUAUAUGUAUAUGUGUUGUAGAUCAUUUGGGAUAUUAGUCUUUUUAUAAAAUACCUAAUCUCUUUACGUUUAUGUAAACCAUUUCAAUUUAUUUUUUACAAAACAAUUAAGCAGUCAGUUUAUUAUUAAGUUUCUUUGCAUAGAUACCAAAUGCAAUUGGGCCCUUUGGAAAUUUCCAAAGGUAAUUCAAAUAAUGAAGUGUAUAUUAUACGACAGAAUAGGUAGGUACAUUUUAUGAAACAAAACUACUUUACCAGGUAUUUCAUUUUUUUAAUUUUUGGUUUAUAAACUAUGUAUUUUUGUAUGCUCGCCGCAUUUCCUUACAUAUCUUUUUGCCCUUGAGCCAAGGUCUUCCUAAAAUAAAUAUAAGUCUGUACCAGUCUCAUUAACAUCUAAACUAGUACCAUUUGUCAAUUUGUCAACCAAACGUAAAAAAUUUACUUCAAAUUCUAAAAUUUUAAAGAAAAUCAUUAAUUCAAAAAUAUUUCAUGUUUAUACUAAUCUACCUAUAAGUCCUGGUUCAUUUUCUUGAGAUCGGAUAUUUCGUAUUUUCGUAUUAUAAUUAAAUAGGCUUUAUAUAUUUUCUUUAAUAAUAUUUAUUUAAUGUUGUACCGAUUUUCCCGUUUUUCUCAUUUGCCGGGAAAACUCGGGAUAAUUGAAAAAUGACCUUCCUGAAGUACCUCCCAGUGAAAUUUCUUUUUAGAAAAAGUGCUAUCAUUGUUAAUCGGAACAAAAUUGCUGGUCGGAAAAUUA